AUGGUUACCUGGUCGCUUUUCACCUUUACGGGCAAAUCAGGCCUGAAGAAAGUUGGCUUCCAGAAGGAGACCUGGGGUGACGACUACUAUGAGGUUAAAAGCAUCACAGAAGCACAUGGUGACCUGACAGCUGUGGUACUGAGGUUCCACAGUGCCUCCCACAGGGAACAGGAUCCACCCUCCAAGUUGGUUGUCAAAUUGGACAACUUCUUGGCACCACCUAAGACAGAGUGGGUUGACCUUGAGAAGGCCGAGGAUGCUCCCACCUUCAUUGAUACCUACACUAGCAUCAGGCAGGAGUUGAGGAAGGUGGAUGACACGGAACCAGUGGGGUCAGAUGAGGAUAUGUUUGCCUAUAAGUCACCAAAUAACUCUGGUUCUGAGGGAGAGAGGGAAGAUUUGAGAGAGAAGGAGGAAGAGGAGGAAGAGGGAGGGGUAGUGGAACGAGAUGCUCUGGAGGAUGAAGGUGAGGGUGAGCCCAAUCCCAAAAGGCGAAGGUACAUUACUUACCAAAGAGGAAAAGGGAAGGAGUCAGCUCUGGAGAUGGGAGAUGAUGAUGAUGAUGAUGAUGAUGACUGGCAGGAUGAUGGUGGUGAAGAGAGUGAGGAUGAUGGUGAUGAUGAUGAUGAUGGUGCAAAAAAACGUCCCAUUGGAGGAGGGAAGAAGAAGAAGAAGACCAAAACAAAGAAAAGAGAGAGUGAAGAGCCAAAACAAGAAUUUGAGAAAACUGUUGACAAAAUGAGAAGCCUCCACCCAGAAGUCAAUACCGUUGAUGACCACCAAAUGCUGGACAAGAAUGCUGGAGGUUGGAGGAAGGCUGUUGCUGCACUACUUGGGACAGGCUUACGCAAUGUAUCGUCAAACAUGGCUACCUAUGUGACCGUGUCAACUCUGAGCCCAAGGUGCUACCAGGAGGCCCUUGAUAUUAUGUACAAGUGGUCCACUGGUCAGUGCCUUGGGCAGGGCAAGAGUCUGAAAGUGACACAGACAAUCUUCAAGCCAUUAAAUGGCUUAGACAGCGAAAAGGAGACGUUCACCCUUCUGCGACGACUUCACACUGGGCUCAUAGACAAAGACCAAUUUGAUGCAGAAGCAAAGGCCAAGAAGCGUUCAAAGGAACAAGCCAAGGUAGAUGCUGAACGAAAGGUACAAGAGCUAGAAGAAGAAGUGAAAGAACUGGAAAAGAAAAAAACUCUGCAGGAAGACAAUGAAUACAUGGGAGAUGAUGGAAACUUCAGCCAUAAGAAAGAAAAUGAACAGAUUGAAGCAGAACUGAAAGAAAAGAAGAAAGAAAAGGAACACAUCGAAGCAGAGCUCAAGGAAAAGAAGAAAGAAAAGAAACACAUCGAAGCAGAGCUGAAGAAGAAAGAUCGGGAGACGGCUACUGACAGCAUGAACCCAGAAAUGGCCACCACAGAAGAUCAGGAGACGGCUACUGACAGCAUGAACCCAGAAAUGGCCACCACAGAAGAUCAGGAGACGGCUACUGACAGCAUUAAACCAGAAAUGGCCACCACAGAAGAUCAGGAGACGGCUACUGACAGCAUGAAACCAGAAAUGGCCACCACAGAAGAUCAGGAGACGGCUACUGACAGCACGACAGAAGAUCAUGACACAGCUACUGACAGCCGGAUGCCGGAAAUGGAUCAGGGUACAGACAACCUGAAUGAUUUGGCCAAGGAUAGAUGGGUGGCCGUUGCACUGGAAGCACCUGAGGGUUGGCAUAUUGCCAAGCUGGAGAGCACUCAGGGCAAUAGGGUCGCUGUUAGCUUCCUACAGACUGGGUUACCUCUCGUGUACAAAUGGCCUGACCUAAAAGACAAACUCGAAGUCAUCAGCAAGUGCAUCAUAGAUAAGGAUGUGGAAAUGAUUCCAUCCGGAACAGGAACCAGACAGUACUGGCGCAUGUCAAUGGCCACAUCUCAGCGACUAAACCAGUUGUUUGAUGAAUUCAAGGUUAACUACUGGUAA